AUGCUUUUGAAACCCUUUUUGUCUAUUAUUUCGGUUGUUGCACUGGUAGUUUCCCUUGGUGAUGCUCUAACUACCUGUAACCCAUUAACAACGCUGUCUUGUCCCGCAAAUCCUGCUUUAGGUGGCUCAAUUUAUGAAACUUUUAAUAAUGGUUUGGGGUCCUAUUUUUCCAGCUUGAACAGGCAAGGCGACCUCACUACUGGUAAUGAUGGUUUGUCGUUGACUUUAGCUAAACGGUUUGAUAACCCUUCAAUUGAAUCCAAUUUUUAUCUCAUGUUUGGUUAUGUGGAAGUUGUCCUACAAGCAGCUCCAGGAAAGGGAAUUGUUUCUUCUUUUUACUUGCAAAGUGACGACUUGGAUGAAAUAGAUAUAGAAUUGUUUGGUGGUGAUGAAUAUGAAUGGCAAUCAAACUAUUUUGUAAAGGGUAAUACAAAUACUUAUGAUAGAGGUGGAUACCACCCUUUCAGUCCCAGCCCGAUAACAAAUUAUCAUACUUAUGCUAUAGAUUGGACAUCAGAUCAAUUGAGCUGGAUUGUAGAUGGCCAAGUCAUUCGUACUUUAACAAAAGAUAAUCCGCAGGGAUAUCCUCAAUCUCCAAUGAAGAUCUUUGCUGGAAUUUGGGCCGGUGGCGAUCCUUCAAAUGCAGAAGGAACAAUAUUGUGGGCUGGGGGUAUCACAGACUAUACUCAAGCUCCAUUUACUAUGCAUAUCAAGUCGAUUGCCGCAAUUGAUUAUUCUACUGGUAGUCAAUACUCAUAUAGCGAUACAUCGGGUACUUGGCAGUCAAUUCAUGCAGAAAAUGGUGAGGUUAAUGGUAGAUUAAGCCAAGGUCAAAGCGAUGCCCGCCUGUUACAAAACGGUGGUACCUUUGACUCAAACGUAUCUCUAAAUCAGGUAAAUUCAGUUACCGCUAGCCUGACAUUGAAUGAAAGUACUACAUCAAGUUCCAGCUCCUCCGAAAGUUCACUUUCGAGCACUUCCUCAGCACAACCAACAACAUCGUCAUCAUCAACAACAACAACAACAUCGUCAUCAUCAUCAUCAUCGUCAUCGUCAUCGUCAUCGUCGGAAACUUCAAUUGAAAGCUCCAGUCUGGUUAAUACUGCAACCACUCCACAGCAAUCCAGUACAAGUAUUGCAUCGAGCUCAAGUUUACCCUCCACAGAAGCAACUACGAGGGAAUCAGCAACAACUCCUGAGACCAGCACCUCUUCAUCUGAAACGUCUGUUUCUUCUGUUGUCGCUGCUUCUGUAUCCUCUGCUAGCAUGUCGAGAUUCCCAAUUCCAUUUAUGAACUUGAUCAGUUUAAUGAUGGUGCUGAUAAUAACCACAUUUACUGUAUAG